AUGAACAGCGAUCGCAAAUACCGAUAUGAUUAUCUUACUUCACUGGAUCCAAAUGCUCUAUAUGACAUCCUAGAUGUCAUUGACGAACAAAAUGUAGCAAUACCGUCAGAUUCAGGUUCAGAAAAUGACAGUACCGAUGAAAAUGAUCAAGAUGCGGAUGCUUCCACUAGUUUAGUUCGUGAUAAUGAAGAACCUGAACCUGAAUACGUGCUUUCCGCCUCGGACGAUUCAGAUUAUGAGUGGGAUGCAGAAGAUUUGGUACCUUUAGCUCGGUUAGCAGCAGAAAUGAAAACGCAAAAACAGAUUUCAUGGGACAAGAAUUUGGCUAAUAUUCAUGCACCAAUUCCAUUUACUGAAAAUACCGGACUGCCUCAGUUUAUCAGAGAUAUUCCGAACCCUAGCCCACUAGAUAUUUUUAGACUAUUUAUUACCGAUGGCAUUAUCAAUCAUAUAGUUUUCCAAACUAAUUUAUAUGCCGAACAAAAAUUUUCCAACAUGGGCAAACCAUACAAAAAAACUAACCCAGACGAAAUAAAGGCAUUUUUGGGAAUCAACCUUCUAAUGGGAAUAAAACGAUAUCCAAGCUACAGAGAUUACUGGAGCACAGCGCCUGAUUUACAUGAUCCUUACAUAUGUCGGAUUAUGACUUUACACCGAUUCGGUUGGCUCCUAUCACAUGUUCACCUCAAUGACAAUAGUGUUAUUCCGGCACGUGAUACAAUUAAUUUUGAUAAAUUAUAUAAAGUAAGGCCAUUUCUGGAUUCCCUAAAAGCUAAUUUUCGAAAUUGUCUUCAGCCACAUGAAAAUGUAGCGGUGGAUGAAUCGAUGAUCAAAUUCAAAUCGGUCGUAUUUCUAUAA